AUGGAUGAAAACUAUUAUGGGGAUAUAAAAACAUUUCUCCGAAUAGGACUUGUCCUCUUGUCCAGAAUGGGAUUCAUGCUGGUACAAAUCGGCACCAUACCGAUUCAAAACGUCUACAGAAUCGUAUUUUUCAACGUAUUCGAAAUCGGACUAGCCAUUAUUUCGUAUGUCACCAUCGGCUAUAUGUUCACCUAUGGAGAACACUCGUUGGCUGGGAUUUUGGGAUACACCAGCUCACCUUUUAACAUCACCUCGAAUAUAACUGACCAGAUUAUAUUCGGCUUAUCUGGAGUCCUAUUGGGUUCCGCCGAACUGUCGUGUUUCACAAUAGGAAGAAUCCACCUGGUAGCCUCAUUUAUUGUUUCCCUGCUCUACUGCAUGCUGUACCAGCCGAUGCUGGCGCAUUGGAUAGAUCGCGAAGACGGUUGGAUGAGAAACAACACUUUAUUCGACAAGAAAGUCGAAAUCAAGGAUUACGCCGGCAAUAUGGUCGUACACUUAUCGAGCAGCUUAAUGGGCGCCAUAGGAGCCGCUUUCCUCGGCAGAAGGCUCAUGCGAUUGAAGGACUUGGACGAGCGAUCGAUCGCGCGAGAAUACUCCGCAUUAACGGUAAUCGGUUACCUACUAGUACUAAUCGGUUACGCAGCCUUUAGCCUCCCGACGAAUCAAUACGUGAGGACCCCGGACAACUACAUAGCCUUCAUAGUGCUCAACAUAUGCACGGCGUUCGCCACAGGAGUGUUGCUCACCAGCCUGUUGAACAUCUUCAUCGCCAGACGCAUCCUGAACUACUGGUCGGUGCUGAGGUGCUUCCAAGGCGGGAUAGCCGGAGUGAUAUCCAUCGCGGCCGCCACGGAUAUCUACAACGUGCCCCGGAGCGCCGGCGUGGCCGCCGUCGCCGCCCUGUUCUUCUUCUUCUUCGCCAUACUGGUGCACAACACGCUGCUGGAGGACAACUGCAAUUUGAUAUCCUCGCAUCUGGUGGCCUCCAUCGUUGGGACGAUCGCCUGUCCGAUCGUCGCCAAGAAGGAGAACCUGGGAGGCAGGGAGAAGGGCACGCACCUGCUGUGGCAGUUCAUUUGCCUGCUGGUGGUGCUGGCUACCACGAUCGUGUACUCGUGGUUGUUGUUUCUGUUGUUGUCGUGUUGUAAGUUGUUGCGGAACAAGGACGAGGCGUUGAAUCACCGGAGGGCGGUGGCGGUGGCGAAGUAUCUGCCGAGGAAGAGCUGCUUGCAGAGGCUGUUUAUGAUCGAUAGUAAAACCGAUCACAUAGCGCCCGGUGAUGGCGAUAGAAGUAAGUAUUUGAACGAGUUGUAG